AUGACCGUCUCGAUUCCGCGGGCCUUGGCCUCAGUGGUUCUGGGUGCUGCAGUCGCCCAAGCGCAACUCUGGGAUGAAGUCAUCCAGACAACCUACGGUCCAGUCCAGGGAUAUAAGUACUUCAACGAAUCCACCCUGGAGACCUAUUUUGGCAUCUCCGAAUCCAAUGUGACGGCUUAUCUGGACAUUCCGCCACGCACGGCGUUCGGGCCCGCGUGUCCCACCGGCGAUACUUCGUACAUUAGCGAAGACUGUCUGAGCUUGAACAUCUGGACCAAUGCCGGCACCGCAGACGCCAAGCUCCCCGUCAUAGUGUGGAACCAGGGAUCCGACGAGACGAGCGACAACCCGUGGUACUAUGGAGGUGGAAUGGCCUUGAAAGAUCUCAACACCGAGGGUUUGCGCACAACAGGAUACAACACGUCCGGCAACUACGGUGUGCUCGAUCAACUCGAGGUUCUUAAAUGGGUUCAGAAGAACAUCGCCAACUUCGGAGGCGAUCCGGAUCGCGUAAUUGUGGCUGGCCAAUCGUUCGGUUCCUCGCAAAUGUAUCACGCGGUGAACAGUCCUCUUUUCACGGGCUACUUCCACGGUGGAAUUUCCGAGUCGGGAAUUCGAUACCCCUAUGACCCCCUUCUCGCCGGCCUCGCCACGUCGUAUGCCAACAUGUCCACCGCGAUCUACUUCGGCGAAAGCUCUGUAGCAAGCCACAAUGUCUCGACGAUCGCCGAGCUACGCACCUUGUCCAUGGAAGAUCUUCUCGUUGGAUCGCAGGAUCGGCCGGUGCUCGAUGGGUACGUGCUCCCGGAGAAGUACAUCGACACUCUCCGCAUCGGACCGGCCAACGACGUUCCCGUCAUCACCGGCAACACAAAGGACGAGUCCGGGGCGGCCACCAGCACGGACUACACGGUAGCGCAGUAUAAGAACUACACCUCGCUGAAGUACGGCGACCUCUACGACCGCUACAUCAGGCUGUACCCGGACACGAACGGCACGCAGGACGAGUCGUGGAACGCGGCGGCGCGGGACGCCUCGCUGGUCGGCUCGUGGGCCUACGCCACCGAGUGGUACAAGGCCGCUUCCUCCUCGUUCUACACCUAUUACUGGACCCAUGCGCCCCCCGGCCAGGACCAGGGCGCCUUCCACCAGUCCGAGAUCAUGUACGCCCUCAACGCGCUCUACGCCAACGCGGAUCGGUACCCCUUCAACGCCACCGACUACGCCAUCCAGGAGAAGAUGUCGGCCUACUGGGCCAAUUUCGCUAAGACCCUUAACCCCAACCUCGGCGGCUCGUACACCGCCGGCUCCCUGCCCUACUGGAGCCCCAACAGCGCCAACGGCACCCAGGUCGUCAUGGAGCUGGGCAAUGCGUUCGAGAACGUGCCUAUUGCGCACCCGGCUCAGGUGUCCUUGUUGAUGGAGUGGUUCCAUCGGCAGAUUCCUUACUAG